UGCGGUCAGUUAUUGUCUGUACGUUUUUUAUACACAUCACGCGUUUUUGCACUAAUAGAAAGAUCAGAUUUUCGUACUGCAGUGUCCAAUACUUUAUUCUUUUUAUGUACAGUUUUCUUUACCUAGAGAGAGAGAGGUGUCAUACUACUACGUCUGGCAUGACUUGUAAACACGAGCACGUGACUGGAACAUGUUUGAGUAGCUAGUGUCUUAUCCCGACGCGUCAUGGCUGGCCGCUUCUACGUACUGUCUGUAUUUUGCUGUUUUGCUUUCUGCCAAACAGCAGUGUGGAUGACGUUCUCUAGUGUGCCCAAAUUUACCGAAAGCGUCUACAACGUAGGAAAAGGCGAAGUAAGAUAUUGUGGACUUGCUGCUUAAUUGGGGUUCUAUAAUGUUUGUGCCUUCUGUUGUCAUUAGCUCUUGGAUUCUUACUACACGCAAUGGUCUCAAGAGAACUGCAAUAUUAGGAUUCUUGCUGACCUUUCUUGGUUCUCUUGUACGUCUCGUCCCAACAUUUAUUCCAGGAACUUUUAGAAAAAGUGCAUAUGGUCAUGCUUGUCUGCAUGUUGGUCAGAUUUUCAAUGCUAUAGCUGGAGCCGCUUCAAUGGGUGCUGCGAGUCGUCUGUCUGCAGACUGGUUUCCAGAGUCGCAGAGAACAAGAGUUACCGCUUCAGUUUAUGCAGCCAGUAAUCUGGCAGUCACUGUGACUGCAGUCAUCGGACCAGCAAUAGUCACUUCGGACGACAAGCUGCCAACUCUUCUCUACUGCCUUGCUGGUGUGUCCUUCGUACCAUUUGUGAGUUCAUUUAUUCAUUUCCCAUCAUCUGCUGUCAAAAUUUCACCUGCCACAGCAAUAACCAAUGCAAAAGCACCUACUGACGACUCUCUACCACUCAUUACUAAUGAUACAAGGAAAAAGCUACAAAAAGUGUCCUUUAUCAAAGGGGUAAUGAAAGUGUCCAGGAGCUACUCUGCAAUGGCACUCUUCUUUGCUAGUGGAAUAAUGGGUGGCAUGACUAACAUCUACAUGAGUGUCUUACCAACAGGCAUGAAUGCAGAAGGACAAGACGAAACGAAAGGUGAUCUGCUGAAUUCAAUGGGGACACUAGCAAGCAUACUAGGAGGGAUACUAAUAGGAUAUAUUGCAGAUCGUUUCUUUCAACGUCACUUAAAAGAUGUGCUGGUCACUAUUAUAUUUACGUCCUUUGUUUUCUUUUUUGGGUUGGUUUACACCAUCUACCUUCGACCAGAGUUAUUCUGGUUUCAGGUGGUUUGUUCGUUGGUUUCUGGAUUUGCUCAGGGAGGCCGAGAUGCUCUAACUGCCGAACUAGGAGCUGAACUGACAUACCCUGCUGAUGAAGGAACAUCGGCUGGUAUCUACACUCUCAUUUACAGUGUUGCAGCUUUGUUGCUAAUUGUGGCUGCUCCUCUAUUGUCAACUAUAUGGCUGGGAGUUGCUUUACUCGCUGGGCUCUUGUUAACACUAGGACUAGUUGUUACAAUCAAAGAGCAGUAUUGCAGGCGAUCUGCAACAGAUAAUGAAACUAUUAACUAAAUUCAGUUAUUUUAUUCUAUCUAAUUCUUUACAUGUGUAGCAUUACAUAUAUUUUCUAUUUCUCUAAAAUACAAAAAUACAGUGUAAUUUGAUAGAUAUUGAUGGAGUAAGUUGUAACUCAAUAAUGUC